CUACCAGUACUAGUAUAGGAUACCGACCAUUUUUCCCGUCAAAAUAAUGCAGCUAUGAACCAACAGGGCACAACAGCUUUUACCAGAACACCUCACACCCAAGAGACCUCAAAAACUAUUGCACUUUACGUGUCAACAGUAACUAUUUACCUGGCAAUAGAGGAUCCUUCCCAUCCAAAUCCUGCGCUUCGAAUGAAAUCGUUUUCAACACAAGUCACUGUUCCGCGUGCUAUGGUUUCUUCCGUCAACAAAUCGAUCUCUUGAAACAGUUUUCCAGAUUUCCAAUUUUUUAGGGUUCCUGGUAAGAAGAUUAUUAGUGAAAUCUGACUUCUCGGAAACUCGUGAUUCGUACCGAACGCGUCAAAUGGACACUGCUCCUUCUCAGACCCAAUCGUUCGGUCAAACGGAGAUCAAUUGGGAUAAGCUUGAUAAAACUAAGUUUUAUGUCGUAGGAGCUGGAAUAUUUACUGGGGUUACAGUAGCUCUAUACCCUGUUUCUCUUGUGAAGACCAGGCUGCAGGUUGCCUCAAAGGAUGCUGUUGAAAGGAAUGCAUUUUCCUUGAUAAGAGGCAUAUUGCGGACUGAUGGUAUUACUGGGUUAUACAGAGGUUUUGGCACAGUUAUUACUGGUGCAAUUCCUGCCAGGAUUAUAUUUCUUACUGCUUUAGAGACAACAAAAGUAGCUGCUUUUAGGUUGGUUGAACCAUUCAAAUUAUCAGAACCUACACAGGCAGCUCUAGCUAAUGGAAUUGCCGGCAUGGCAGCGUCACUUUGUUCUCAAGCUGUGUUUGUUCCAGUUGAUGUGGUUAGCCAAAGAUUGAUGGUGCAAGGAUACUCAGGCCAUGCAACCUAUAACGGGGGCCUUGAUGUUGUUCGCAAGGUUUUGAAGGCGGAUGGCGUUCGGGGACUUUAUAGGGGGUUUGGUCUAUCGGUGAUGACUUAUUCCCCGUCUAGUGCUGUAUGGUGGGCAAGUUAUGGUUCAAGCCAGCGUUUAAUCUGGAGUUUCUUAGGUCAUGAUAGUGUACAUGAUAAACCUGCUCCUAACACGUGGACAAUAGUGGGUGUUCAAGCUGCGGGAGGGAUUUUUGCAGGUGCCACGGCAUCCUGUAUCACCACGCCACUGGAUACUAUCAAGACUCGCUUACAGGUCAUGGGACACGAAAAGAGACAUACUGUUAGACAAGUUGUUAAAGGAUUGGUUGUGGAUGAUGGCUGGAAAGGUUUAUACAGAGGACUCGGUCCAAGGUUUUUCAGCAUGUCAGCAUGGGGAACUUCAAUGAUACUUGCCUAUGAAUAUUUAAGUAAGGAUUCUUCAUACACAUUGUUUACUUAUAUAAUCUAAUGUUACUGUAUUGGUUGAUGUUACUAAAUAUUUGGUGGCUAUGAACGUUCUUUUUGGUUGUUUGUUGUUUGUGCAUCGGUUUCUUCCUUGUGUCAAUAGCAAAAUGUGCAUCUUUCUGGCUAUUAAAAAUCACGUAUUAGUGCAAGAGAGAAACAUCUCUUGAUUGGAAUGAUUGAUGUAGACUUUUACUUUUUCAAAAAAAAAAAAAUUGAUGUAGACUUUUAUAUCUGGCAUUGUUAUUAUGGUUUGCGAUGCAUUCUGAACUUAUUGAUUGUUGCUCUAAAGGUUGCAGUUGCUACAAGGUUUUUGGGAUUUUUGGAUGCCACUCCAUGCUUGUUUUGCAAGAGCCUCAUGUUUAAAGUUCAUUUGUAGCUCUAGUUGUUAUGCAACACUAAAAACUGCCACCUAUCUAAUUGACAUCCCAUGGAAGUUUUAUAUUCCUUUUUAACAAUUCUAUAAAGUAAAUAUGUGGACUCGGCAUACAUAUAUCAUGUAUAUGAAAUAUCCUUUUGGUGAUUGUGUGAGUUAAUGUAGUUAACACUUGAUUGUUGGAGGGGGUUGUUUGUCAAAUGAGUAAUGUGGUACCCAACGCCCCCCUUAUCCCCAAACCAUCGCACUUUCAAAUCAUUGGAUGAAGAUCACUUUGAAUCCCAAACCUCUACUCUAGUAUGACUCCCAAAGAUUUAUCAGUUUCGCUUAGUUGACACCUACAAGAAAAUGUUUGCAUGUUAUGUUGGGUGAAACUGGCGAUCAUUUGGUUUGAGGUCAACACAUCACAUGGUGACUAACUCAUUGGAAUACUUGUUAUGAAUUUGGUGGUUUUGCUGUCUCAGAACAAUUUGUAGUUUGUCUGUUCCUAUGGGUAUUUAGGUUUUCUUUUAAUAAGAUGCUAUCCAGCUGGUGAACAAUUACUUAUUAACAUAGUUUUGGUUUUCAUUCUGUUGCUGGUGAACCUUCUUGACUAAAGACGACUAAUCUUAGUCAUAUGAAUUCCCAUAGGUAUCAGAUUGAAUAUCUGUGCUUCAUCAUGCUUUUUCAUGUUUAUU